AGAAGACCAUGGAGACUCCAAUGCAACCUUUUCCGUCUGGAUUAAACACAGGUCGGAUGUGCGUGAGGCGGAACCUGAACGGCUUCUGGUUGUGCGCAGAGAGGAUGCGUUUGUGUCUCCUGCUCACACCUGGGAACAAGGAAACGGUGACAGCUUUUUGUAGUUUUUGAAAUAUUUGACACACAUCAUUUAUUUCCUCGUGUGGCUUUCAAGCAACUCCGUGGGAAUAUGCGCUUUUUUGUGGACUUGAUGCGCGUUUAGAACCCGGACCUGUAGCGCCAAAGCAGCCACCCAAGCAGAGGUGAUUGUGUUGCAUGUGAGCUGCACUCAUACCUUUUAGGUAACGUGCGUCGGGGCCGAAGGACACGUGACUCCCCAACUGCCUGAACUUGAUUAAUUCAUGUAUUUUAUUUUUGUGUGAAUACAUUUCAUUGAUUCGUUUAGUGUAAAAAAAAAAAAAACACACCUUAUUGCCCCAGGUUGCUGACUGCGCAAUAACUUCGGCACCAACAAAAACAACAACAACAAAAGUCCAAUCGGCCUCAAAAUGACGGACGGUGCUCGGAAGCGCAGCGGCACGUCGGGCUCCGCCGGGGAUGCUGCCGGCGAGAAGGACUCCGGCGGCGGCGUGGCCCUCAAGAAGGAAAUCGGUCUGGUGAGCGCCUGCGGAAUCAUCGUGGGUAACAUUAUCGGCUCGGGUAUCUUCGUCAGCCCGAAGGGAGUGAUGGAGAACGCCAGCUCCGUGGGCAUGGCCCUGAUCGUCUGGAUCGUCACGGGCGUCAUCACGGCCAUCGGGGCGCUGUGCUACGCCGAGCUGGGCGUCACCAUCCCCAAGUCGGGGGGAGACUACUCCUACGUCAAGGACAUCUUCGGAGGGCUGGCCGGGUUCCUGCGGCUGUGGAUCGCCGUGCUGGUGAUCUACCCGACCAACCAGGCCGUGAUCGCGCUGACGUUUUCCAACUACGUCCUGCAGCCUCUGUUCCCCACCUGCUUCCCGCCGGAGAACGGCCUGCGUCUCCUGGCCGGCGUCUGCCUCUUGCUGCUGACGUGGGUGAACUGCUCCAGCGUGAGGUGGGCCACCAGGGUGCAGGACGUGUUCACCGCCGGCAAGCUGCUGGCCCUCGCCCUCAUCAUCGUCAUGGGCCUGGUGCAGAUCUGCAAGGGAGAGUACUACUGGUUGGAGCCAGCCAACGCCUUCGAGCCUUUCCAGGAGUAUGACGUGGGUUUGAUAGCCUUAGCCUUCCUACAAGGCUCCUUUGCCUACGGCGGGUGGAACUUCCUCAACUACGUCACAGAGGAGCUGGUGGACCCUUAUGUGAACCUUCCUCGGGCCAUCUUCAUCUCCAUUCCCCUUGUGACCUUCGUGUACGUCUUUGCCAACAUCGCCUACGUCACGGCCAUGAGUCCCCAGGAGCUGCUCGCCUCGAACGCCGUUGCCGUGACGUUUGGCGAGAAGCUGCUGGGAGUCAUGUCGUGGAUCAUGCCCAUCUCUGUGGCUCUCUCCACCUUCGGGGGAGUCAACGGAUCCCUCUUCACGUCCUCGCGGUUGUUCUUCGCCGGAGCCCGAGAGGGCCACCUCCCCAGCCUGCUGGCCAUGAUCCACGUGAAACGCUGCACCCCCAUCCCGGCCCUGCUCUUCACCUGCCUGUCCACCCUGCUCAUGCUGUGCACCAGUGACAUGUACACCCUCAUCAACUACGUGGGCUUCAUCAACUACCUCUUCUACGGAGUCACUGUCGCCGGGCAGAUUGUCCUGCGUAUCAGACAGCCCGACAUGCACCGACCGAUCAAGAUCAGCCUCAUCUGGCCGGUGAUCUACCUCCUCUUCUGGGCCUUCCUGCUCAUCUUCUCCCUGUACUCCGAGCCCGUGGUGUGCGGCAUCGGCCUGGCCAUCAUGCUGACUGGCGUCCCGGUCUACUUCCUGGGAGUCUACUGGGACAACAAGCCGCAGUGCUUCGACGCGUUCGUUGACAAGAUGACGUACCUGGGCCAGAAGUUCUGCGUGGUGGUUUAUCCGGCCAUGGGCAACAGCGUCGAGAGCGGAGAGGAAGGAGAGGAAAUGAAGGAGGCCCGGUCCCCUCUGUCCAAGGAGGACGGAGACCACCACAAGUCGGCGGACUGCUAAAAGUCUCCCGCUGCCACAAAAUGAACAGACAUGUGCAGAGGCGCACACACACACACACACACAAAAACAUGCAAACGUACACAACAGUUUGUAGUGUAUUAACACUUUGUCUUAAAUAUUUUGGUUUGGUUGCAUAUCAAUCAAUAAUUUGUGUGCCAAAUAUAGAUAUUUAGAGUAAUAUGACCUCCAACUCUUCUGCCCGGGGUCUUUCAAAAGUGCAAUACAGAAAGGGGCUUUCUUCAAAGAAAGGUCGUCUUCUCCUUACAGGCUUAAUACACAGACACAUUGACACGUCUUCAGCCCGCUUCUCUUCCUCCGCACACUCCCCGCACACUCCUCGUGCACUACUAUUUUAAUUUGCUUUAUCAACAGACUCUUGUUCUCCUGUGACGGCUGCACGCACACACACACACACACACACUGUUUCUUUGCGUUGUAAAUGACGUCGCUUUGUCAUCCACUCGACACACCAAAGCUGUAUUUCGAGCAGAAAAUCAGAUCGAGACAUUUCAUGUUGAAGUUUAAGUACACUAAGUACUGUGUUGUUUUGAAGGUGACUGACUCUGAAAUGUGUGUCUUUUUUUUGUAAUUUACAGUAAUUGUUUAUAUCAUUUGAAGUAUUUUGAUGUUAUUUUACUUUCAAUAUGUCAAUUUUAGUUCUGUUAAUAUUCUUUUUUUUUCUACUCAACAUCACAUACAUCUGGGCCUAUUUUUUUACUGCUGCUGUGUACACCUGAAAGCUGAUGUGUGAUCCGUGCUUUGCAUCGGUUAAUGUUGCACACUUCUAAUCGAUUGCCUUAACUUAGAAGACAGCCAGUAUUUGGGUGCACAUGCACCUCCGUUUUGAGGUAACUUCAAUGUUUAUGGAAGUAACAAAAAAACAACAACAACAACAAAGUGGAUUAUUGUACACUACACUGGCAAUCAACCCGUUAACUGCAAGUCCAGCGUGUUAAAUAGAAUAAAUGAAUAAGCAGGACAUGAUAGUGUUAACGUGCAAAUCCCGACACUGACACGUGUGAAUGCCUGCGUCAUUUUUUUAUUUUUCCUUUUUUAAGGAGGCAUUGAUUGUCUCACACGUUUUAUGGAAUAAGUAUUUUUGUAGCUUACCAUCUAGGUAGUGUUUGUUUGUUUUUUGUUCUUAAUUUAGGUUGUGAAAAUUAAAGCUUUACAUUAAAGAAAAAGCCUUUUUUUUAUUCAUACAAUUGACUAGAAGAGAUUUUAGUACGACACUAGAACACCCCUGAGUGAACCAUUCUGUGUGUGUCUGGCAGUAGUUAUGCAUCUAUACCCACGUCGUAUUUCGUAGUGACAACAUAACUCACAUAUACUCUUGUGUCUUCGGCCUUUCUAUAAUCUCUUAGCGUCUCAGGGCAUCCCCACUUCCCUCUGUUUACACACAGUACACUGCCUAAAACCCCCAGAUCGCCACAACUCCGCAGAUCUGGUGGUCUGAUGGAAAAAUACAGCCUGUUAGUGCGAAAUGUCUGUACUGGUGCUUCUAGAUAUUUAUUUCCCCGGGAGUCCCAGAAAGCAAUGACGAGACGGCAACAAGUGAAUCUGUUAAACUAUCAAGUAUCGUCCAAGUUGGGCCAGUAACGUGUUGAACUGUAAAGGGGAACAGGGUGUCUUAGAUGUCUUUAUAAGUACAAUGGAUUGUGUUUUGUGGCUGUAUGUAUAUUGUGUAUUUACCGAUCAUACACAGAUGUCUGUAUAUUGUCUCUUCGUAAAUAAAGACCACUGACUACGGUUUGAAUUUGUAACCCAA